UGAAGGUUUCUGUUCGUUUGUUUGAAUUUUCUGGACUUCUUGCUCCUGGAAACUCUAAUUUCCGAGGUUCUUCGAACUACUCUUCUCUGUUAUGAUCAUUUUAAUGAGGGUCUUCAGUGUCCGUUCCCUCACAUGUCAUCUCACAGAGUAUCAGAUCGGGAAUGAAUGCUGUCCUAUGUGUCCUCCUGGAAAUCGAGUAAGAAGAGACUGUACAGAGAUCAUAAGCACUUCCUGUCUGUCGUGUGCAGAAGGAACUUACAUGGACAAACCUAAUGGGCAGAAGCAGUGCAUGUCGUGUUCCGUCUGUGGUUCAGGAGGAUUGAACCUGAAGAUUAAACAGGCGUGUAUGCAGACAUCAGACACAGUCUGUGAACCUCUGGAGGGAUUUUUCUGCACCGACUCCACCUCCGGCAGCUGUACAUCAGCUAACAAACACAAACUCUGUAAACCGGGACAAUACAUCAACAAAACAGGAACGUCGUCCUCAGACACCGAGUGUUCUGACUGCAGCACAGGAACGUUUUCAGACGGAUCAGUCACUUCCUGUCAGCCUCACACACAAUGUGAAACGUUAAAACUUCAGCUGAUAAAAGCAGGAACAGCUUCAGCUGAUGCAGAAUGUGGAGAGAAAAGUUUCACAGGGAUUGUGAUUGGAGCCGUGGUGGGUGCUGCUGUAGUACUGGCUGGCCUCGCUGUAACUACGAUUUUAUACAUAAAGAAAAAAAGAAAAAAACCAGAAUACCAGCAUCAGAGAAGAAGAAGAAGAAGGAAGAAGAAGUAGGCAUGGUUUUAUCAGAAGUUCCAUGUUGACAGAAGUUCCGACUGGA